CCCAUAUGGAAAAGGUAAGAAUUUCAGCAUAGUAGAGGCUAUCAUUUAACAAAGUUUGAAGCUUCUACUGCGAGCUCUUGAAGCCAGGAAGCAUUAUGGCUAGCUACUGAGAUCAAAGGUUUAUCUAUAUGUAGUUGCACAUAUACACAAUGAAAAAGCCUAUAAAACUCCAUUAUUUAGCAAUCACCGCCAUAAUAUUCCUACUGUAUAAUCUUCAAGUGACAACUGCUGACCUCAGCUCUGAUGCCGAGGCUCUUCUUCAAUUCGCUUCAACUGUCCCACACGUAAGAAAACUGAACUGGAAUUCCACCAUCCCCAUUUGCACUUCAUGGGUUGGUAUCACUUGUAAUGAUGAGGGCACAAGAGUCAUUGCUAUUCAUCUCCCGGGUCAUGGACUAUUCGGUCAAAUCCCUCCAAACAGUAUCGGAAAACUAGAUGCUCUCAGAAUCUUGAGCCUAAGAUCCAAUUUCCUUAAUGGGUCGCUUCCUUCUGAUAUACCCUCCAUUCCAACUCUCCAGUUUCUUUACCUUCAAAACAACAACUUUACGGGAGACAUUCCUACCCCUCUUUCUGUCAAGUUAAGCAUUUUAGAUCUCUCGUUUAACUCCUUUUCAGGAAACCUUCCUCAAACGCUAAAUAAUUUGACCCGUUUGACCUCCCUGAACCUCCAAUAUAACUUCUUUUCAGGACCUGUUCCUAAACUAAACCUCACCAGACUCCGUCUUUUGAAUGUUAGCCAUAACUCACUCAAUGGUUCGAUCCCAUCCUCCCUCCAGAAGUUCCCGGUUUCUUCAUUUUCAGGGAAUUCUUUCUUAUGUGGAACCCCUUUAAGUGAAUGCUCAUAUUUGACCCCACAAUACUCCCCAUCCUUGCCUGUACGUCCAAAAAAGCAUAACAAAAAACUCAGGAUCGGUGCAAUCCUAGGCAUUGCUGUAGGAGGCUUUUUACUUCUUAUCCUACUUGCGAUAUUCUUGUUUUGUUUCUUGAAGAAGAAAGAUAGAGAUUCCGUCAGUGAGUUAACGAUAAAGGCGGUCCCACCUGGGAAAAAUGAAAAAUCUGAUGACUUUGGGAGUGGGGUUCAAGCAGCCGAAAAGAACAAGUUGGUGUUUUUUGAAGGGAGUAGUUACAAUUUUGAUCUUGAGGAUUUGUUGAGAGCAUCAGCAGAAGUUCUUGGUAAAGGUAGCUACGGAACAACUUAUAAGGCUAUACUCGAUGAGGGAACAACAGUGGUAGUGAAACGAGUAAGAGAAGUUGGGGUUGCUAAAAAAGAGUUUGACCAACAUAUGGAGUUCGUAGGGAGGAUAGGAAGACACCCCAAUAUUGUGCCACUUUGUGCUUACUAUUUCUCUAAGGAUGAGAAGCUUCUGGUUUACGAGUACAUGAUAACCGGCAGCCUAUCUGCAGUCUUGCAUGGAUAUAGAGGUCUAGGUAGAACUCCAUUAGAUUGGGAGACAAGAGUGAAGAUAUCACUAGGAGCAGCAAAAGGUAUUUCACAUAUCCAUACAGAAGGAGGUGCAAGAUUUACCCAUGGCAACAUCAAAGCUUCAAACAUCCUUCUAACCACAGACUUCAAUGGUUGCGUAUCCGAUCUGGGCUUGGCUCCCUUAAUGAACUUUCCUCCCACAAAACCUCGUUACAUUGGCUACUACGCGCCAGAAGUGUUAGAAAGCCGAAAAUUAACUCAAGAAUCAGACGUUUACAGCUUUGGAGUCCUGCUUCUUGAGCUGUUGACUGGUAAGCCUCCUCUACCGUCAUCGGGGCAUGAUGAGGUGGUGGACCUGCCAAGGUGGGUGAGAUCAGUGGUUCGAGAGGAAUGGACUGCAGAGGUGUUUGAUGAGGAACUAAUGAGGUAUCCACAUGUUGAAGAAGAGAUGGUGCAGAUGCUUCAAAUUGGGCUUGCCUGUGUGACUAAGGUUCCUGAUAUGAGACCUUCUAUGGAUGAUGUUGUGAAGAUGAUUGUUGAUCUACGGUCAUCAGAUUCUUCUGAACAUCGGGCUUCUUCAGAUGAUAAUAGGUCCAAAGGAUCUAAUGUGCAGACUCCAUGAUUGUUGAUCUGGAGUUGGUUGUAGUUGAAAUUAUAUAGUUAUGUUGUUAUUGUUAGAACUUCAAUUUUGUGGUUGCUUGUAUUUCCAAAUUAUUCAUAAAAAGAAUUAUUAUGGUCGCAGUUUCGAUCGUGUUAUUAGCA